UUUCCCUCUCUAUAAGCUAUUUCGUUUACGUAACUGGGUUUUCUCUCUACUACGAUUACUCUCGUCCUCCGUUCGUUCUCCCUCCCUCACCGUCAUCGUCGCCGUCGCCUUUUUCUGCUGCUGCAUUCACGUUCACUGCGUUAUCUGCGUCCACCGUCACUGUUCACUUUCUUCUCCAUCGUUACCGUCACCUUCAAGAUAAAAUGGCUAACCAAGACGAUACCCAUGACGCGAAUGGAUCACGUAACAAUGUUGAAAAAGAAAUCAAACGAGGAUUGACUGUUAUGAAGUCAAUCAUUCGUGCAAGAGACAAGGGUGUAAAAUUUGAAGUGCAUUGGAGUGCUGAAGACCAACUAAUUGAGCCUAACGGUUCAAUGUUGGCAAGUUACAUUGGUUUCCUUGUUCGACAACAUAUUCCGAUUACAUGUGAUAAUUGGAAAAGUCCGGACUUGAAGGUUGGCAAAGAAAAAAUAUGGUCGGAGAUACAGAGAUCCUUUCACAUCGAUGAAAGCCGGCAAAAAUAUUGUAUUCAAUUGGCCGGAAAAAGACUCCGAGGAUUUCGAUCCUUUUUGUGCAACAAAUUUCUCAAGGAUGAGGAAGGAAAAUUUGUUGAAGGAGAACGGUCAAUGAAGUAUGCCGAGAUUAUUUCAGCCGAUGAAUGGGAUAACUUUGUCGCCAAACGAAGAAACGAAAAAUUCCAUGAAGUAAGCGACAAAAAUAGGAAAAGGGCAUCAAAACCCGCGUAUCCGUACAAAAAAGGGCGUACGGGUUAUGCACGGUUACAACAAAGAAUUCUAGCCGAGGAGAAAAGUGACGCAACAUCUCUUUCGGAGCACGUAUUAUGGAAGGCUGCUCGGGUUGGGAAGGAUGGGGCUGUCGUUGAAGCGGUCCAAAAUGUUUAUGACGAAUGUGAGACUUUAUCCCAAACCGUACCUUCAACCGAGGUCCAGGAUUGCAGGAGCGUACUUAGUCGAGUACUAAAUGUUCCUGAGUAUUCCGGUCGUGUGAGGGGUAAGGGUUUUGGUGUGACUCCGUCGUCAUUUUAUAAAAAAACAAAAACAAAAAAUCCUACCAACAAAGAGGUGAUGGAGACCUUGGCGGAGUUAAGGGCACAAGUACUCCAACUGCAAAACGAGAAUGCAAGGUAUAGAGAGGAAAGGUGCACUUCCGAGGCAAAAGAUACUAGUGACCGAGCUAGUAUCAAUUAUCAACCGAAAUUUCCCGAGGUAAUUAUAUAUGUUAUUAUGAAAUUAAAAUAGCACUUUUUUACUUGACACAUAUACACGUUAACAAUAACAUUUAUUAUUGGUUUAG